CACGUUAUUAUAUCGUAUUUUGACAGCGAACGGGAAAUUCAUGGGAGACGUCCAUGACGGGAAAUGAUGUCUAAUUCAUAAAUUUGUCGUGUGUUUUACUGUAUUCAGGCAAACUGGCUUGUAUCUACAGUUACUGCCGAACAAUGUUAGCUAUAUCGGGGCUAGAAUCCUGCCCUGCUGCUUCAGCUGCAACUGUGCGUAAUAAUGGGGAGGCUUUGAGAGGAGACGAUGGAGCAAGGAAUAUGGCGACUCUCGUCACCAAUAUAGAAAGCGUCAACACAGAAUCAUCUUCAUCCGACGUGGAUAUUAUUCAAAUUGACGAUAUACAGUGUAGUCCGCGAACUGUCCAUCCUUAUUCCAAUGGGAUUAUAAGUAAAAAUGAAACUGGGACAAGUGUUAAUAAUGUUACCCGAGCGUCUUCAUCACCAGUUACAAAUGUAUCCAAACCUUUCACAGGACCAAGAUUUCGUUUGAUACAUGAGGGCGAAAUUCAAAUAUGUCGGCUUAACCACACCAGAACGAUUGUGAGCAAAAUUAUGAAUUCGCGUUACUUACGGAGAUGGGAAAGUCAUCGUAUUGUGCUCGGCAAAACAGAAAUCCAUUCAACAUUGCCUGUCGGUAUGAUGGAGACAGCUAUCCCAUAUUCCAGUAUUGAAGAUGUUCACAUCAUAUCACGGUGGGAUGCUGGCCAAAAGUUCUGUAUACGUAUCACAAUACAGGAUGGCUCAUUGUUACUGCAGGCCCACAAUUCCCAUCUGCGAGAUCAGUGGCUUCACUCCAUCUGCUGGAAGAAACACAUGUACAAAUGUGAAAACGUUUUGAAGAAUGCCAGAAGACCAGAAGUUCUUGUAAAGGAAAUUAAGAACAUGAUCGACCUAUCUUUGACCACUCCCAUACAGGAUGCCAGUGUAUUCCAGUUUCCACUUGACCUGGUGUCCAACCUUCUACAGGAGAAUGCCGAUUUCAUCACCAGAGUAGCACACGAGAACAUCAUCGUAGCCUUGACACCUCUACUGGAAAACAAUUACCCUACACAGGAAAUAUGUGGCUUCUUCAGCAAGCACUGUAAAAACAGCCCACGCUCCAGUAUUGUCAUAGAACUCUUCACUCCAGUUGUCAUGAGGAUUAUGAAACACAACACAGAUUUUGGAAAGUAUCCACGAAUGAGAGGAUUCGUACAAGAGUACAUCCAGGCCUUAAAUUGUCAAAACGAUGGUUUCAACGUUGUACAAAACUUUGUCAGAAGUAUGCAUGGUCCAUCGAGUACAUGUCCACAUCCUCGUGUCCUGCCAAACAUGGUUGCUGUAUGUCUGGCUGCAAUCUACACCUGUUAUGAAGAUAAGAGAAAUGCUAUGCAGAGCAACACCACCAUUAUCUUGGAUAAACAGGAAUGGGAGAUGAAAUUACUAUGUUAUAUUGGAAUCCUGGAAACACUGUCUUCUUACUCGGACUGGAGACUGGUCCUUGGUAGCCUGCUACAACCAAUUCCAUUUCCUAACGAUGCCCUUGCUCACGAGCUGUUCACUUCAAAAAUGAAGCCUGUCCUGCAGAACAUAGCUGAAGAUGAUCACUGUGAUGUUCACCAAACCAUUCUUGGAAUCCGUGAUGGCAAGGAGGGCUGGUUUCAUGUGUACACACCAGGAAGUUUAGCCUGUGAUGAUGAGGGCAAGCUGUGGGGAGCCAUGCUGAAUUCCCUGAUACAUUGCUGUUGUAAAAGAAAGAAGUUUUUGAACGGCCUCAACAAGAUGGUAGGACCCAUCAUGCUGUUAGCCUUGCGAGAGAACGAGGCAGCCAUGGAGGUAUUGUGUGCGAUGUUGGAGUUUGAUGUGGUAGAGAGCAAUGAUAUGAAGAUGCAGAUGGUAACGACUCUGCAAAGUACUAAUGUGGGGAAGCGUAUGUACGCGCAACUGUGUGAAAGGCAGAUUGCCCUCAGGGAGUUGCAACAAAAAGGAGGCCCUAAAAAGCUCACCCUGCCAUCAAAAUCAACGGAUGCUGAUCUGGCCAAGAUGCUAAGUUCUGGGUCCUUUGGAAACCUUGAGUGCCUCAGUCUGGCCUUCACGCAUGUCACAAGUGCGUGUGCUAAUGAUCUGAUCAAAUUACCAUCGUUACGUUACCUCAACUUGUGGUCUACACAGUUUGGUGACGCAGGUCUACAAAUGAUAUCAGAGUACCUUCAAAAGUUACAAGUGCUGAACCUAUGUGAGACUCCAGUCACUGACAAAAGCCUCAUAUGUUUGUCUGCCUUGAAAAACCUACGCAAACUGAACCUGAACAGUACAAGUUUGUCAGCAUUGACAUUUGAAGGGUUAAAGACAAAACUUCCUGCCCUGCAGGAGUGUGAUGUGCGUUACACUGAUGCCUGGUCUCUGUAGGAAGGGUAUACUGGAAGUCUUUCUUUUCACGGAUUUUUCACACCAAAUUCAAGAGUGAACGACCUACAUCUGUGGAUCUACUUUUCUUCUAGGUGUCGUGGUUGACAGCUAGUGUUUCUAGAGCUACCGUUCAUGCUGUUUCUGGUAUCUUUGUUUCCUUGAAUUGGAAAAUUCUUGAAUGUGUGUAUAUGUACGUGUUCAGGACUCAGCCGACAGAAUCUAUGGACCAACUCCUACAAACAGUGACUUCUGCAAGUCAAGUCUGGAUAUAUGUACAAAGUCCAGGUGAAGAGUUGCUCUUUGACUUUAAUUUCUUAUCCUUUGGAUGUAAGAGGAUUUCUGACCACUAAAGUGCUUUCAGCUGUUGAGAAUGAACUAUGAUGUCAAAGGGAUGGCAACUCAUGUCUAAUUUCCAGUUCAGUCUUAUGAUAUAAUGUGCGUAGCGGGGAAAACCAAGCCUUUGUUGUCAACGACUACAAUGCACGCAAAGGAAACCAUAUAUGGUCAUCAUUUCAGAUGUGGAAUACUAAGUAAUGUCGUAAGAUGCUGAUUCCUAAUGUAAAGUGAAGAACUGAGUUUAGAAGUGACCACCAAUUAAGUAAUUAAAUAAAGUGAACUUUACUUCAUCGUUUCCACAAUCUCUCUGUCACGAUCAGGGUCACUGACCCAAUAGAGGUCAAGUCUAUUUAUAGUCGUCAUGACCUGUGUUUAUAGCGAAAAUCCUUGGGACGGUGCCCAGUGAGAAGCACCACAAUGCAGAUGAUGUUGUACAUAGUGUUGAUAAAUGUCUCUCAGACUGACAUUUAUGGUAUUGUCCUGGAUGUAUUUAUGUUUUGCUCUCAAAGAGUUACCAAAAUUUCUGACGAUGACGAUGCUGUCAUCUUUGUUGUAUUAUUGUCUACCCCAAGUCAUCUGUCAUGUCAUCAGUCAUUCAUGUCUGUCUGUCUGUCCAAAGUGAGAAGUGUCAUCAAAUCGUGUCUCACAUGCCUUUAUCUGUUCACGUAACUUGUGUCUCUGUCAUUCAUCUGCCCUCAGUAACCAUCUUGUUUGUAUAACAUAGAUUUUUUAUUCAUGAUCAGGAAGGCAAUGUAGACAGGUUAUAACAAUGAUCAGGUUAGGUGUCCAAAUUUUUUUUUUUUUUUCGUUUUUGGUCAAAUAGAUCCUGGAGUAAUGUCAUGACCGAGUAUAGAAGACAAAUACACACAAAGAAAAGCUGUACGAGGGGAGAUAACCCUUGUGGAAUUAGACUUCAAGAGUUUUAUAAAUGUUAGGGUGACUGGAUUAUGAAAUAAUUGUCAUCAAAUCAUUUUUGUGUUGCACAUAUAUUUUUCUUAUUUAUUUGUACCAUUUCAUGUGGAAUCAAGCUAGGUAUUUGAAGUAAAAUACAUUACGAUCAACUAUAUUGUCUUAAAUUGACAAAUUAGUGAAAGCAAGAUUAAGGCAUUGGGUACCUUUUCUGUUGGCCCAGUGCAGGCAGCAAAAUCAGUAUUAAGGAGAUGCAUUUACUUUGGUUAGCUGGAUUUUGUAGAAAGUACAGCUUCAACAGUCUUUUGUUAGAUCUUAUAUAGUGUAGAACUUUAGAUGUUUAUAAGUAUAGAGUUUGAAUACUUCUUUUUAUUUUUUGGAUAAAAAGCUUUAAAUUAACAAACAUAAGAAUAUGGCAAAUUUCACAAAGUAAUUGAGUGAAAGAUCUUUAGAAUUUGGCAUCAUUGGGCCCUGCAACAAAACCUGCAGCCAGGGUCAGGGUCUUUUUGAGGUGAGUCACCUUGUAGUAGCUAGUAGUUACCUCACUGAACAACAUAUAUGAGGCUUGUUGUAUGCCAUCCAGAGCAACUAGGGUAAAGUGUCUUGCUCAAGAGUAUGACUACUUCAGCAAAGACCAUUUUGUUUUCCAGCUUCCUUAGAAACACCAACUGCCACAGGUAAGGAGCUUUUAACUACCUACAUCAGUUAUUCACUUGAGCUUAAAUAGACCAAGUCUGUAAUCUACUGAGUUAUAAUAUUUCCUUGGAACAAAUACAGAGGCAUAAAAUUACAAAUACUUUCACUGUGAGCACCAGUAAAAGAUCGUAAUGGUUAUGCUGCAUUAGGAACAAAUAUCAGGGACUUUGUGAUAACAUUCUGUAAAGAAACAGUAAGUCUCAAAGUUGUGAAGAAAAAUCUUAAAAACUCCAGACUUCUAGCAUACAUGCACUAGCGAAUAGGGGUUUGUGCGUAACCUUCUAGAUGGAUGCCAGGUUGACAAAGAUACAUGCAUACUAUCACAUGACAUUUGAACUAGUGGUUUAGGGAAAGAUACCAGCUAACCUUGUUAGGAAGUCUGGUUUUCGGGCAUAGCACCAAGUAUUAAAAGCUAACCUUGUUGAGAAAUCUGUGGUUUCAGGGAAGGUAACAGGCAUUAACAGCUAACCUUGUUAGGAAGUCUGUGGUUGUUGGGAAGGUACCAGGUUAUUACAACUAACCUUGUUAGAAAAGCUGUGGCUUUGGAAGAUACCAGGUUAUUACAGCUGACCUUGAUAGAAAAGCUGUGGCUUUGGAAGGUAACCAGGUUAUUACAGCUAACCUUGUUAGAAAAGCUGUGGCUUUGGAAGGUACCAGGUUAUUACAGCUAACCUUGUUAGGAAGUCUGUGGUUGUUGGGAAGGUACCAGGUUAUUACAACUAACCUUGUUAGAAAAGCUGUGGCUUUGGAAGAUACCAGGUUAUUAUAGCUAACCUUGUUAGAAAAGCUGUGGCUUUGGAAGGUACCAGGUUAUUACAGCUAACCUUAUUAGAAAAGCUGUGGCUUUGGAAGGUACCAGGUUAUUACAGCUAACCUUGUUAGAAAAGCUGUGGCUUUGGAAGAUACCAGGUUAUUACAGCUAACCUUGUUAGAAAAGCUGUGGCUUUGGAAGGUACCAGGUUAUUACAGCUAAGCAAAAGCGUUUUAACCAGCAUUGCUGUUUUUUCUGUUUUGGAAGAUUAUCUGAAAGCCUGCAUUCAAUUUUUAAAAAUAAAAAAAGAUGUCCAUAUAGUUUGCCAGCAAGUCAGUGAUUUAUAAUUUCAUCUAAUGUUGAUUCUAAAUCCUAUGAUGAAUAGAACUCAUUCCAUUACAUAAUGUUAACAUAUUCAAAAUAAAAAAAUCAUAAAUCAUUUAGAAAGGAAGCCUCCUUCCUAUAUCAUCAUUUAAUUCAAUGUACUGUUUAUAUCAGUACAGUGUACUGUUGACUAUGUACAGUGUACUGUUGACUAUGUAAUAUGUACUGUUGACUAUGUACAGUGUACUGUUGACUAUGUAAUAUGUACUGUUGACUGUACAGUGAACUGUUGACUAUGUACAGUGUACUGUUGACUAUGUACAGUGUACAUUUGACUAUACACAAUGUACUGUUGACUACGUACAGUGUACUGUUGACUGUACAGUGUACUGUUGACUAUGUACAGUACACUGUUGACUCUGUACAGACCAACCUGUGCAUGCAUGUAAUCAUAAAUGCUUUAUAUAGAAAUAUUUUUUGUUGAAAUUUUUAGAAUUUAUUUCUUCCCGUUUGUGUUAUUUUGUGCAAUAACUGCUGUUUUUUAGUUAAGUUUUAGCUACAUAUAUAUGUAGUGCCAUUUUGGUACUGCCCAGAGUGCUACACUUGCUGUGUUGUAUUCAGAGGGAAAUUCACUGCCUUUUAAUAAGUAACACAAGGGUACAACCAUUUACAUUUGAGCUGAAUAUGAUAUAAAAAUCGAUGUUAUUUUUAAAACCUUGUUUGAUAAUACUUUUUCCAGGGCCUGAACCAUAGUAGAGAGAUAUGAAAAUAAGUUUUGAAAUACAGAAAUUAAAGACAUUGAUAAUGCAUGGAAUUACUGCUGAUGUUGUUUCAUGGCAAUAUUAACAAGAUAUACUGGUAAUUAAGCUGAAGUGUUGAUAAGCAAGUUAUUUUAAACAUGCUGUUUUUAAUAUGUUAAGAUUUCUUCUGCUUGUUUCUUUGUCUUUAUUAGCGAUUUAUGUUUGAAUUUUUUUUUCUGUGAUAUAUAAUUUUAUAAUAAUAUUGUAAUUGUUGUUUAAUGCUGUAUGUUGAGAAAUUAUUAAGAUUUGUAUAUACUAUUUUUGGGAGAAAAAAACAUAUACCAUGUGUUUUUAUUUUGUUGAAUGGGUGGGUGUUUGGAGGGAAAUGUUUAUUUUUUUUGAUGUAUACAAGUAUUACUCUGCUUUCAUUGAUACACUGCUUAGUUUGUAUAUGUAAUUUGUAUGGUUAACUUGGUCGCUUUUUGUACAACUGCUACGAAAGUCUAAGUAUGUUUGGUGCAAACAGAAAAUCUAAAUGUUUUUAUUAUUCAAACAUUUCUUGUGCCUCAUUUAAAAGUAUUAUAUAGUUGCUGAUAGUGAAGGGGUCAGUUUUCCAAACAGAUAGAGAAAAGAGCGUUUUGAUCGUGUUUCGAGUUCAAUGAUAUAAAAGAUUUUGUGUUUUCAAUAUAAUCAAAGGAAAAUUGUUAUUGUGCCAUUUCAAUAUCAAUCGUUUCGUAAAAUUUAAGUAUAAAUUGUUACUGUAACAUUUCAGUUUCAAUUGUAACAGUAUUAUUUCAGUAAAAAGUGUUACAGUAACAUUUCCGUAUGAAUUGUUACAGUAAAAUUUCAGUAUAAAUUAUUACAGUAAGGUUUCAGAACAAAUUGUUACAAUAACGUUUCAGUAUAGAUUGUUACAGUAACGUUUCAGUAUAGAUUGUUACAGUAACGUUUCAGUAUAGAUUGUUACAGUAACAUUUCAGUAUGAAUUGUUACAGUAACAUUUCCGUAUGAAUUGUUACAGUAAAAUUUCAGUAUAAAUUAUUACAGUAAGGUUUCAGAAUAAAUUGUUACAGUAACGUUUCAGAAUAAAUUGUUACAGUAACGUUUCAGAAUAAAUUGUUACAGUAACAUUUCAGUAUAGAUUGUUACAGUAAGGUUUCAGUAAAUAUUGUUACUGCAGCAUUUCAAUAUAAAUUGUUAUUGUAACUUUAUCAUAUAAAUUGUUACAGUAACACUUCAGUAUUAAUUAUGGUACAGUUGCAUUUCUGUAUAAAUUGUUUCAGUAACAUUUCAGCAUGAAUUGUUAAAGUUACAUUUUAGUAUGAAUUGUUACUGUGACGUUUAAGUAUAAAUUAUUACUGUGACAUUUCAGUUACAUACUGGUUUCCUAAAUUAAUCCAUUUUUGGAAUAUUAUGAGUGCAGUCCUGUAGAUUUUUUGUAUCAAUCUUGAUAUUUCAGUUUCUUGGCUCGUUACUCAGAGUAUGAUUUAGUUUUUGCUGUAAUGAUUUGUUCAGUAGAAAAAAGAAGGAUCAAAAAUUCAUAUGAAGAUUAAAAUUCACCCAUCUUUAAUUCUCCAUUUAUAAACUUCCACUUGACUUUUUCAUUGUAAACCAUGAAUCUAAAUAAAUUUUCAAAACUA